GUUUGUGCGCACUGUUAUUGCCGGCAUGUCCCAAAUCAAGAGGGCUUUGGAUGUCCUGCUCCAGGAGGCAGAGGAGCUGUGCAUCGGGAGCAGCGUGGUGGAGCUAGACAGGAUUCCCACAGCCCUGGAGUUCUGCCGCGACUACUACUCCAAAAACCAGCCGGUAGUCAUUCGCCAGGCGCUCUCGUGGCCGGCAAUCGGGAAAUGGACGCCGGAAUACCUGAUCCAGGCGCUCGAGGACAGAGUAGUGGAUGUGGCCGUCACUCCAAACGGUUAUGCCGAUGGCCUGGCCACGCAAAACGGGCAGGAGUUUUUCGUCCUGCCGCUGGAGACCAAAAUGAAGUUGUCCGAGUUGGUUCGCCGCUUAGAUGAUCCCACUGGUGCUGUCCACUACAUUCAGAAGCAGAACUCCAACCUCAGUGAGGACCUGCCGGAAUUGGCCGCCGAUCUGCGUAUCAGUGACCUGGAUUUUGCCCAGCAGUCCUUCAAUAAGCCACCUGAUGCCGUCAACUUUUGGUUAGGCGACGAGCGCGCCGUGACCUCCAUGCAUAAGGAUCCCUACGAGAACCUGUACUGUGUUAUAUCCGGUUACAAGGACUUCAUCCUGAUCCCGCCACACCAGUUGAGCUGUGUUCCCCGUGAGAUUUAUCCCACGGCCGUUUACAAAACCUCUGAAAGUGGGCAGUUUUACAUUGAUCCCAUUUGCGAUGAAGAGGGAUCCGAACAGUUUACGGAAUGGGUCAGCAUAGACCCUUUGGCUCCUAACCUGGCCAAGUAUCCGGAGUACGCCCGUGCGCAACCACUCAAGGUGCGCGUUCAUGCCGGAGACAUCCUGUACCUGCCCAACUAUUGGUUCCAUCACGUGUCCCAAAGCCACAAGUGCAUUGCCGUUAACUUCUGGUACGAUCUGGACUACGAUAGUCGCUACUGCUACUACCGCAUGCUGGAGCAGAUGACCACGAGCAGAUAAAACUAGAGCCAACCGAAGAGUCUGUCUCCUCAGGUAUUGUUAUCAUAAUAAAAGUAUAUUGUUGUCUUCAGUGUACAUACAUAUAUAUAUUUAUAAUUGUUACAUAAUUUAAUGUUAAAUAAAAAACUAUAAGCCAAAUGAAAUGGUUGCUUAGAACAACGA